GUCGACGAGGGAGCAUGUGAUGUUUAGUGUCCGUCUCUCGAUCGUGUGUGAAAUGAAGUGUAUAGUGAUAAAACUCGAGACAUAAGUGAUCGUUUCAGAUUUCUAGUGUAAGUGACGCUUUAGUGUAAAGCAGAGUUAAUUUACAGAUUAUAUUGGCAAUGACGUAAUCGCCUUCAAAAUGCAGUCAACAAGCCUAGUCCUGACCUUCACAUGUGUUCUUUUGCUGACCUGCACUCAAGCUAAAAUAGGUUAUUUCUGGCAUAUAACGGACUUUCAUUAUGAUCCAUUGUAUUCAUCACAAGGUGAUACAAGAAAACAUUGCCGUCGAACUGAUGAACGAGGCAGUUCAGGCCACCAUCGGGCGCUCGGACGAUUUGGUGACUACUCAUGCGAUAGCUCAUUAGAUCUCAUACAAUCAGCACUGCGGUAUAUGCGUACCAGGCAUUCGGAAAAUGUUGAAUUCGUGCUAUGGACUGGAGAUAUCAUAGCCGCCGGAUACCAUACGAAUGAGGAUGACAGGUACCAGGCGAUAAGAAACAUGACGGAGUUGCUACGAAUGACAUUUAGCUCGCAUUUCGUUUUCCCCGUAUUGGGGCAUACGGAUCCUGCCCCUUCAGAGAGGUUAACGAAUUUAUGGAGCCAUUGGUUGCCCAUGGAAGCUUUGCAAACCCUGAAAAAUGGUGGAUACUACACAAUAGAGCAAACACAGAGCAAACUUCGAAUUGUAGCUCUAAAUACAAACCUAUUUACACUACGAGAAGAAAAUACGCUACCUGCCCGUCGACAGUGGGAGUGGCUGGAAAAAGUCCUCGAUAAAGCAACUACAAAUAAAGAGAUGGUAUACAUAGUGGGCCACGCUGCACCUGGUUCGGAUUCCCGGUACAAUACGUUGUCCGUGGACGCGAACGGGAAGUACCUACGAUUGGUUCGCCGCUACGCCCGUAUCAUUGCCGGUCAAUUCUUUGGCCACUUGCAUGCUGAUACCUUCCGUGUUAUAUACGAUAAAGAAAACCCUGUAUCCUGGGCUUUAUUAGCACCGUCCGUUAGCCCACAUCGAGAGCGAGGAGGAUCUUCUAACCCCGGCCUCAGGCUGUAUAAGUUUGAUACCGACACAGGAAAGGUCUUGGACUAUACACAAAUCUACUUGGAUCUAGAGACGGCUAAUCGUGCAGAUUCAGGAGCGGAGUGGAUAGCGGAAUAUAAUCUCACUCAGUAUUACGGCCUUCGCGAUGUAUCUGCCGAGUCUCUCCAUAAUUUAGCUGAAAAACUGCGAAUUGCUUCUCCACAUGAAAUGUCGUACUUUAACAAGUACAUACGAGCAUACAGCGUUAAAUAUGACAGCGCACACAACUGCGAUGGUGCGUGUGCGCAUCAACACUUCUGCGCAAUCACGUGUCUUGAGCAUGUAGCGUAUAGACAGUGUGUGGAGGCUGCAGCUAGCGCCCUCGCAGCUUCUGGGCGAUCUGUUGCGCUGACUCCGCUUGUGAAUGUAGUAUUUACCCUUUUAUUUAUUGUACUUAGCUUUUGUUAGGAAUCAAAGUGACUGAACAAUUUUAGUAUUAGUGGGAAAAUGCUCAGGCAGUUUGUGAUAUUCAAGUAUUUGAGAGAGUGAAGGUUUUUCUGCUACAAUGUUAUGCUGUCUAUUUGUUAAGUUACUUUUUAUUAAUUUAAAAUGUUAUGUACUGAAACAGAUUGGAAAUUAUUUGUGUAACUGUUUAGUAAUAUUCCACAGCCUUGCGAUUCUGUAACUCACUUUUCGAACUCACACAGCGGUUUUCACAGCGGCGGUCGCGCUCAUAUCAGUCGUAAGGCAGUCAUUUU